UACAACAUAUUUGAACUGCAGCUGUGUGAUCAUGCCUGUGUCUUUUGGGACUAUACUGUCAACGCCUGGAGCACUGCUGGCUGUGCAAAAGGAAGAGACCAGUUCUUGAGAUGCAGGUGUAUUCACACAAUUGAUUUUGCUGUCCUGAUGGCCUUUCAGAUCAAACAUAAAUAUGCAAUGCCUUUGGAGUAUAUUUCUUACAUUGGUGUUGGAUUGUCCAUAGCUGAUGUGAUCAUUUCCAUUUUAUUUCAAAAAUUCACUAGGAAAACUCGAAAGUCAUCUGUGAUCUGGAUGUUAGUGAGUCUCUGUUCCUCUAUCAUCUUCAUCACUGAAAUUGAAAGCCGAAAUGCCAGGAAUCACAGCGACAGUACUACCAGUACUACCAUUAACACCUUACUCACAUCUGACUUGGCAGAUCCUCCCACAGACUCCUGGUGUACAGCUGUGGCUGUCCUACUGCAUUAUUUUUUGUUGGUGACAUUUAUGUGGUCAGCACCCAGUUCUGCACAGCUGUACUUCCUGCUGCUUAGAGCCAUGAAGCCCCUGUCUGAACGCUUUCUUAUAACCAUGUCAGUAAUCGGAUGGGUAAUCUCUGCUGUAGUAGUUGCAAUAACACUUGGAGCUACUUACAGAGAAGGAAAAGCUUUAAACUACAGGAAGACAGAAAGUUGCUGGCUUGCAGCACUGUAUCAAAAUCAGAAUUUCAGUGUGAAAAAGCCCAUGUUGUGGUCGUUCUUCAUGCCAGUAGCACUCAUACUCCUGUUUAACAUCAUCACUUUCACCACAAUCAGUGUCUCUGCGAUAUGGAAGUAGAACAAGAAUUUGACAAGGAAUAAAAAGGAUUCAUUUAUGAAAAAGAUGAUUAGCACUAUCUCUAUAGUGGUAGUGCUUGGAAUCACCUGGAUGAUAGGCUACCUCACAUUAAUAAGUCAUGAAGAAACAAGUCUGUUUUUCAUGUUCCACAUUUUUAAUGCUACCCAGGGACUUCAGAUCUGUAUUCUGUACACUUUCAGAUCACCAGCCUUCAAGAACAAAGUUUCCAAGGUGUUUCCUUUUAUUUGGGUGCCAAGGGUAUCCCUGUAUCUGCAUUCAAAAACUUACUAUGCUUCAAAAGCACAGCCUGCAAACUCACAGGAAACUCUCAGAUCAACACAGACUUUAUCAGAGAAUAUUUCCUUGUCUACUUUCCCUAACUAAAGUUAGGAACCUGUAAUUUGUGAAACAUAAUCCUGCAUUUUUCAUGGUUUGCUUUAUGUAGAUCUCACGGAUAUCUUGAAUGACAUUAUACUACUCCAACUGCAGGUGGCUUGAAACAGAUCAUAAGCCAAGACCACCAGGAGUCAAAAACAGGACCACACAUUAGCAAGACAGUGUGAGUGUUAUCCCACAGUGCAGUGCUAGAUCCUCUGGCUGCUACUUGUACUGCACGUCACUGAGGAAGGUCUUUGAAAGGAGCUGAGGUUAUUACAGAUUUAUAUUACAGUACAGGUGCACAGAAAUUGUGCUAUUCAUGCCCUUCUCAUUUUUCAGGCCUGUUGAACAUGUUUAUUUAACCUAUGCACUGUAGAUCUCCUCUCCCUUUUGUAAGAAGUUUUAAUUUAAUUAGAAACCAAAAUAGAAACAAACAAACAGCACAGUACUUAUAGUUCUUAUAGGCUCUGGGCCCAAAUUCUAUUUACUACUUCAGUAAUAUGUUGGCUUGGUCUUUCCAGAAGAAAAUCUGUAUCUUACAAUGGUUUUCUACAUUUCUUAGCUAAAACGUCUUUAUUAUAAAUUGUAAUUAGACAAAAUACUCUGUUUUCAUAUGGCAAAGUGGAGAAAAAAAAAAAAAGAGUGAGAUGCUUGAAAAACAGGCUAGGAAAGAAGUUCUUUAUAAGUACGAAACAUAAACCCUACCAUAUCGCCCUCAGUGAUGUGUGAUAGGAAGCCUGUUUGCUUUUGGAGGCAUACUGGUGUUACCAGAGUAGCAGCUGGAGUGCACGUUAGCACCCUGCUCUGAACUGACUUUUUUUUUG